AUGGGCGACUUCGGCGUCAAAAACGAUAUCCCAGUCGAGCUGGCCAUCGACAAGCCAAAUCUCCAAGUUACCGAUCCAGAUGAACCCCAAUACAGCGACGAACAAAUCGCAAUGAGCAGACCAGACCCUGAAUUCGCAGCGCUCUUCAACACCCCCUUCCCCAGCGGCGGAUUCUUCACCAGCGCCCCAAUAACCGAACUACGCGCCCAACACGCCGCCAUGGAAAAAGCAGCCUGCGACAAGACCUCAACCCUCAACACAAGAGAAUCAAUCAUCCACAUCCGCAUGCGCGACGGCCAUCUCAGCGAAACCCGCAUCAUCCGCCCCGCUACGCCCCCAGAGGCAGGCAGCCCCUUAAUCAUCCUCAUCUACGGCGGCGGCUACCUCCUCGGCACAAACAGACAGCUUCUCCCAUUUGCGCGGGCCCUGAGCGCCCUAUUCAACGCGACGACCGUGACCGUAUCCUACCGCCUCGCGCCCGAGUGGAAAUUCCCAACCUCGCCCAACGACGUGUGGGACGCCGUCACCUGGCUCGCGGAGCAUGCGGCGCUGCUGGGCGCGAAUCCAAGCAGGGGCUUUAUCCUGGGCGGCGUCUCGGCAGGUGGGCAGUUAACUGCACUGACUGCGCAGCGCGCGGUCAAGGAGAACCUCUCGCCGCGCAUCACAGGGCUCUGGGUCUCUGUGCCCGUGACGACACUAACGGCCGACGGGAUCCCAGAAGAAUAUAGAGAGGCAUGGGUAUCGCGCUCGCAGAAUGGAAAUGCGCCCGUGCUGGAUGUGCGCGAUAUCAAGUUCGCCGAGGACGCUGUGCGCCCGGAUCUAGACUCGGAUUUGUUCUCGCCGUUUGUGCAUGGAUACCUUGCGUCGCGCCUUCCGAGGACGUAUGUUCAGGUUGCGGGGUUGGAUCCGCUGAGGGAUGAUGGGCUUGUGUAUGAGCGGUAUCUUAGGGAUGCUGGGGUGGAAACCAGGCUGGAUGUUUAUCGUGGGUUGCCGCAUUGCCAUUAUGCGUUUUUUCCAGGGUUGGAGGCGUCGAGGAGGUUUUGUGCUGAUGUUCUGCUUGGGGUUGGGUGGUUGCUUGGGCGGGAGGUUGGGAGGGAGGAGGUUGUUAGGGCUGCCGGGGGUGCGUUGGGGUUGUAG